CGAAUUUCGCCAAUCUGGCUGGGUUGCUCACAGUUCCAUCAGGAUGGAAGCCAGGGAUGGCUGUGGAGUUGCCUAAAGAUUUGCCUCUGCCACCACCAGGAUGGAAGCGUGGGGACCCAUUGCCGCCAUUGGAUUCUAUUCAUAUGCCAAGGAUACUGGAACAACAUGUGGGUCCUGCUCGAGGGCUGCCUAAACAGCCUGAGACCAUACAAGUUAAACAUGUCCAGAUUGAUAUUGAGGAUCAUGAUGAGGAUAACAGUGAUUACACCAGCAGCAAGGAAGGCAGUUCUGAAUUCUGAUGAUGACGAUUGAGGGAGACAUGCGUUUUUGUGAAGUGGUGGAUGAUAGAGUGCCUUUGUGAUGCUGAAAGAUGAAGGUUAGCAUAGCACUCUUUUUAUUGACGGUGAAAAAUUUAUGCUUGUGAUAUUGCAGUCGGUGUUAACAUGUGGUGAGGUGCUGCAAGUUUUGCAUUCUGGUUAGUAAUAUAAUGUAAUAACUGUU